AUCAUGGAGAAAUCCUUGGCAGAGUUAAAUAAAGCGGGCUCGCACUCAACAUCAUCACUGCCACCCGAACCGGUGGACAUCAUUCGCAGUAAGUCAUGUUUCCGCAGAGUCAGGCUGAAUGUUGGGGGUCUCCCGCAUGAAGUCUUGUGGCGAACGUUAGAUAGGCUACCACGGACACGUUUGGGAAAGCUAAGAGAUUGCAACACUCAUGAAUGUCUGAUGGAAGUGUGCGAUGACUACAACCUUGAGGAGAAUGAGUACUUUUUUGACCGACAUCCAGGGGCGUUCACGUCAAUUCUGAACUUCUACCGCACGGGUAAGCUGCACAUGAUGGAAGAAAUGUGCGCCCUGUCAUUCAGUCAAGAACUCGACUACUGGGGCAUUGACGAGAUCUACCUGGAGUCAUGCUGCCAGGCGAGGUACCACCAGAAAAAGGAGCAAAUGAAUGAGGAGCUCAAACGAGAGGCAGACAACAUGAAAGACAGAGAGGGAGAAGAAUUUGACAACACUUGCUGUGCGGAAAAACGAAAGAAACUCUGGGACCUCCUGGAAAAGCCCAGCUCAUCUGUUGCAGCAAAGAUCCUGGCCAUCAUCUCCAUCCUCUUCAUCGUGCUAUCCACCAUUGCCUUGUCUCUGAACACCCUUCCAGAGCUGCAGGACACAGAUGAGUUUGGUCAAUCCUCAGACAACCCACAACUGGCCCACGUGGAAGCUGUAUGUAUUGCCUGGUUUACCAUGGAGUACUUGCUUCGCUUCCUCUCCUCCCCCAGCAAGUGGAAGUUUUUUAAGGGUCCCCUUAAUGUCAUUGACCUGUUGGCCAUCUUGCCCUACUACGUCACCAUCUUCCUGACAGAAUCCAACAAGAGUGUGCUGCAAUUUCAGAACGUCCGCCGCGUGGUACAGAUUUUUCGGAUCAUGCGAAUCCUGCGUAUUCUGAAGCUGGCUCGCCACUCCACGGGCCUUCAGUCUCUGGGUUUCACUCUUAGGAGGAGUUACAAUGAGCUGGGCCUGCUAAUCCUUUUCCUGGCCAUGGGCAUCAUGAUCUUCUCAAGUCUGGUGUUCUUCGCUGAGAAGGAUGAGGAGGAUACAAAGUUUAAAAGCAUUCCAGCUUCUUUCUGGUGGGCGACUAUUACAAUGACCACAGUAGGCUAUGGAGAUAUCUACCCAAAAACUCUACUGGGGAAGAUAGUGGGGGGUUUAUGCUGCAUAGCUGGAGUACUGGUGAUUGCCCUACCUAUUCCCAUUAUUGUAAAUAACUUCUCUGAAUUCUACAAGGAACAGAAGAGGCAGGAAAAAGCACUUAAACGAAGGGAGGCCUUAGAAAGGGCAAAGCGAAAUGGUAGCAUUGUCUCAAUGAACUUGAAAGAGGCGUUUGCUCGUAGUGCAGAACUAAUGGAUGUGGUGGUAGAGAAGAGUGAGAGGCCUCAUGACAACCACCUCUCUCCAAGCCGUUGGAAGUGGACCCCAAAGAGGGCUGCAUCAGAGACAAGCUCAAACCGUUCCUUUAAUGCUCAGGAGUUAGGCUCUCCCAACAAGGCCCGAGACACCAGUCCCCAGAGGCUAAAUGUUCAGAAGCUGGAGGAGAUGUACAAUCAGAUGGCCAAGACACAAUCCCAGCCAAACCUCAACGCUAAAGACAGGGGCUCCAGAGUUGGCAAGCAGAGGGAUGAGAUAGAACUGGGGGCCAUCCAAGAUCAUGGGCCACCAGUGCUAGGAACCAGAGAAGGAGUAGGGGACAUGAAAAGCUUGUCCAGCAUUGACAGCUACAUCAGUUGUGCUACAGAUUUCCAGGAGAACCCACGCUUCCCCCAUAGUCCAGCAAUGGAGCUUGGCCUUCAGGAAAGCAACCGGUUCUCCCACAGUCCAGCUAUAGCAUUGUCUCAGCAUGGCAGUGCAAAAACAGGCCAGCAAGCUACUGGGGAGCAUGAGCCCAUGGUGCCCCCCGUGUCUGUCGCAAAUCCCUCAUACUCACAGAAUGCACGGAAAUUCUUCUUUUCUGGCAACUCCUCAAAAACCCUCAUUCCCAAAGGAGGCUGUCGCAGCGAAGGGGAGUCGGGCCUGUCCCCACUCUCAGACAGUUCAGUCCUGUCAGACCACUCUCUGUUAAGCCCUGAAGUUUCUAUCUACACCACUGCCAGCAGCAGAACCCCACCGAAGUCCCCAGAUAGCACUGCCCCAACUGUCUUCACCUUCCAUGACUCCUCCAUCAGCAAAUACAUUGACGCCGAUACAGAUGAUGAUGAGCACCUCCGCGACAUCUCUGAUGCCAGUCCCUCUGAGCGUCUUUUGGCUGGUUCAAGCCCAAAACGCAGCAUGAACAUCAAUUACCAGAAAGGCACCAACCAUUUAGAAGCAGCCCAAAAAUUGCUAGGCCAGAACUGUCUGUUCCCCAUUGAAGGGAUUUGUGGUGUAGCCCAUGAGAAUCACGUAGGUCCUGAGCUGGCACGUAGACCAAAGUUUGAGAGGGGGCGUCAAAAUACUUUAGAUAAAAGCCUCUGAGGUACAAGUGCA